AGUGAGUGUCUGUCUGGCAAUGACUCCAAUGACUGGCAAUUGAAUUGUUCGCAAAUGUUUGGAUACUUUGACGGAGACUUCCGACGAAGACCUCAACAGUCUUUGGGCGGAACUCACAAAGACACCAAAAGACAGCAAUUGUUGGAAAAAGCGGCAGAAGAGAGACGCCAUCGGGAGGAGUUGAGACGCAGAACCAACUGUGCGCUUGUGAUCCAGUCCUUCAUCAGAGGAUGUCUUCUCCGCAAAAGACAAGUAAUUGUGAAGUGUUUGUGA